AUGUUAUGCAUUAAUGUUCUCCAUAACCACUUUCUUGGUCAUCCCGUGUCUCUUUUGUCUGGCUGUCCAUCCAUCCAUCUAUAUAAGUCUAUUCAUAUCUAUCUAUCUAUCUAUCUAUCUAUCUAUCUAUCUAUCUCCUUUCAUUCUAUCUAUCAAUCUAUCUAUCUUCAAAAUCUAUUCAUAUCUAAGCCUAUUCAUAUCUAUCUAUUCAUAUCUAUCUAUCACUCUUCUAUCUAUCAUAUCUAUUCAUCUAUCUAUCUAUCUAUCUAUCUAUCUAUCUAUCUACCAAAUCUUUUCAUAUCUAUCUAUCUAUCUAUCUAUCUAUCUAUCUAUCUAUCUAUCUAUCUACCAAAUCUAUCUAUCUAUCAAAAUCUAUUCAUAUCUAAGCCUAUUCAUAUCUCUCUAUCCCUCUAUCUAAGGCUAUUCACAUCUAUCUAUCUAUAUCUAUCUAUCUAUCUAUCUAUCUAUCUAUCUAUCUAUCUAUCUAUCUAUCUAUCUCGCCUUCCAGUUGCUAAAGCUUAUUUCUUCAGUGCUCACACAUCGCAGAUAUAUCGAUCUUCUCAAAAUCUAUCCGGAUCUAUUCACCCUUCCCCCAUCCCUUUCUCUCUUUCCUCCCUUUCUCUAGCUAUACCCGUCUGUUCUUCUGUAUCUAUCUAUCUAUCUAUCUAUCUAUCUAUCUAUCUAUCUCUUUCCCUAUUCUAUUUAUGGUCACUGAAUGAAGUUGAGAGAGCAACCAUGAACCAAGGGAACUACGACAUAACAUGGAAUGACAGUUUAAUUGACGUCAACUUUACCUACAACUUUAACAUUACCGACGUAAACAAUCUAGGAUAUGAGUUAAAAUUAAUCAAUUUUUACUUGACGGGCGUAGCCGGCAUGACAGUCUGUUGUCUCGGGAUCAUCGGAAAUAUUCUGUCUUUUAUUGUCCUCACACGUAAAACUAUGAAGUCCUCUACGUAUACAUAUCUAUCAGGCCUCGCCAUCUGCGACCUGCUUGUCCUUUUCACCACAAUGCUUCUCAUUCUCAAAGACACAAAAUUCCCCGAGCUCGGAUCUCUCUCCUGGACCGAUGACUAUUACCUCGAGAUGUUCCUAAUUGUCCACCCAGCCGCUAUAACCUUCCAAGUAACCUCAAUCUGGCUGACGAUGGCCUUUACAGUUGACCGUUACAUUAUGAUAUGCCACCCGUUUAAGGCGGAACGAAUGUGCGAUAUACCCCGUGCCCGACGGGUGGUACUAGCCCUUUAUUUAGCCGGUAUUGCGUUUAAUAUACCGCGCUAUUUGGAAUACAAAGUCGUGGAGAUAGUCUUACCGAAUAACAUGACCCGAUUGGUGAACACGCUGACACAAUACGGCCAGAACCAGUAUUUUCGUGAGAUUGUCCACUCCUGGCUGUAUUCGAUUUUUGUUUGUAUGAUACCGUUUUUUACGAUGGCCGUCUUAAAUGCUUUCCUCAUCCAUGCUGUGCACCAGUCCCGGCGAAAAGGCAAGUCAAUAAACGCUAAAGAGAAGCGGCGUAACGACACGACCAUCAUGCUAAUUGGAGUCAUCGUCGUCUUCUUCAUUUGUCAAAUGCCGGCAUUAAUAUCCCGGAUGAUAUGGGCUUCAAGCCCAAAUUAUCUCUCUAACUGGUGUUACCACCUUCUCAACGAGAUCAGCAAUUUCUUAGUGAUACUUAAUUCAGCCACCAACAUUGUCCCGUAUUAUUUCUUCGGACAGCGUUUUCGCAAUGAGUUCUGGCGGAGUUUCUGCUUCUGCUUCAUGGGCAAAGAGAACGUGAGACGGCUCGCCCGUAGCAUGAGCCUGUCGUUCGACAGACGAUUCAGCAACGCCAGUACGGUCGUGCGCGGGAUUGAACUCAACGGAUUAUCAUCUAACGAGGUCCCCCAGAUCCAAGAAGACGUAGUCGGCGGCAGAGGCAACGGAGGGCCCGGCGGAGCGGCGGGGGGCGUGAGCGGGGGAGGAAGUGGCGCUGAUGGGGACGGCGGCGACGGCGGUGCAACGGGGCCGUCGCCGAUGCUGCCGCUCCCACCGCCGUCUCCUCCCCCACCCACAAGAGAUGGCGCCAACGGGACGGCCCUUGUGCUGGAUCAGCACAAGGCACGAACAGUUUUGCUGAGCAACUACCACGCCGACACUAACUUAUGGACCAGUCUAAAGCAGAGGCUCAUCCCGUCGAACAAGCAAUCAGCCACGGACAUGGGGGUGGGAGCCGGCAGUGGAGGCACGGCUACCGAUCGGUUGAACCGGAGUCGGAAACCUGCCUAUACCUUCAAGAAUAAAAGUCUAUCGUCUCUGUGUCUGAAACCACAGAAACAGGAGGAACGAUCAUGA